AUGAGCGAUAACGUCGCGAAAGAGCAGCCAGUGCAGAAGCAGGAGUAUGAUGUAACGUACAUUUUUCUUCGCUGUGGAGCGGCUGCAAAUAAACGCGGCUUUGUCGCCGAGCCGCGCGUUGAUGAGAACGGCAAAGAAGGGAUCUUCUUGCGUGAAGUUUGGAAGGGAACAACAGCACAUAGGGCUGGCCUGGCCAUUGACGACCGAAUAAUUCAAAUCGGUGACGACGAUAUGCUCGGUAAAUCAAACGAAGAAGCGCUCAAGCUUCUCAACGCCCCAGAGUACCAAAACACGCCCUGUCGGAUGCUCAUCAUGCACGGCCCGCGCGAGAGAAGCGUUGCAGGCGACGAUAUCGACCCUUCCCUUGAUGAGCAGUUUCCAAACAAUCUUGGCCCCUUCAGAUAUUAUCUCCCGGCUGCUAUUCUCGUUGGAGUCUGCUCUUUAGUCGUCGGUCUUUUGGUCCGAGGAGCGAUGAAGAAAUGA